CGCCUAUAAAAUAGGUCAUCUCUCCACCAGGAAAGGGUUUCCUUCAUCAGAUUCGUCAAGGCUUCUCCAUUAGAUCCAACUAAGAAGUUAAGCACACGACGACAUGCUGUCCGAGCUCGAGUGCGGGAUCUGUUACCGGCUUUUUGACACUGGCCGUCGCUGUCCACUCCAGCUGGACUGUAAACACUGCUUUUGUGAAACUUGCUUACUGACGCUCGCGUGUCAAAGCGAACCGAUUCAGUCUCGGAUCAUCUGCGCCUUCUGCCGACACACCACACUUCUGAACGAGGAGAGACUGAGAGACAACCUCCAGGUCUCCGAGGACAUUUGGGUUCGUCUGGAAGCGGAUGGUGUCCCCGAGGAAACUGCGACUGACGCUGAGGAUGACGAAGAGAAAAGGACCGAGACAUCCAGUCAGUCUAAAGAUCACUUACCUACGACUCCAAGAGGACGAGUGUGGAAGUCGUUCAAGCGUCUUUUCAAGAAACUUAAAAGACCGAAUCAGCAAGGCUGUUUUACCAAUGCUGAAAUGAGGGAUCUGGCCCUGAUGGCUUGCUACAUGAUGUAAAAAACUGAUGAACUGGACCUAUUGGAUGUAGUCCAAUGAAGAGUUGGUGAAUGGAUCAUUCAUUUCAGAGCCUUCUGAAAAUCUCAGACUCUUUCCCCAGCAUGCUGCCAGGAGAGAAGGGAAUCAGCCAUAAGCAGACUUCAAUAAACAAAAGAGUUGAACCAAGGGUGCAUCAUAUUCCUGUUGAACAUUUUACCUAUUACAUUUUUCAAUACUGUGAAAAGCAGCUACCACUGUUUAUAUCUAUAUACUGGACUGCCGUUCACUUGCACUCUGACUCUGUCAAGUACUUUAUACAAAUUUUUUUAAUUCUAAAAAGUGUUAAGCUUAACUUGGCUUCUUGUAAAUAGUCAUCUGUAUUUAUUAUGCUAUUGUAAUACAUUUUAUAUUGUUUAAUUUUGAAUAAAGAUUUUUUAAUUUUAAAUCUUAAAUCUUACAUUUUAAACAAGAUUUUUUUAACUAACUUUCCAUGCAGAAAGGGUGUAUGUAUUUAAAAUGUAGGUUAAGAUUGAAUUAAUAAAAACAUAGUCACUGUAUUUGCACGGA